CCCCGUCCGUGGAGCUGUUAAACCUGAUGAUGGAGAACUUUACGGCUGUCGGAGCAUCGACCACAGAGACAGAAGGUAUCCAUCUGAACUGCAGCAUGUCCGGGAGGCACAACUUCAUCUUCACCCUGAUCCCGGUAGUGUAUGGCUGUAACUUUGUCAUCGGCAUGGUGGGGAACAGCAUGGUGGUGGCGGUCAUCUACCGUUACAUGAAGCUGAAGACAGUGGCCAACGUGUUCGUCCUCAACCUAGCCAUCUCAGACCUUACCUUCCUGAUCACCCUGCCCAUGUGGGCCACCUUCACAGCCACAGGCUACCAGUGGCCCUUCGGUGGGUUCCUGUGUAAGGCCAGCGCUGGCCUGGUUAUGUUCAACCUCUACAGCUCCAUCUUCUUCCUCACCGCGCUCAGCAUCGACCGCUACCUGGCCAUCGUCCACCCGGUGAGGUCGCGGCAGCGCCGUACUGUGCUCUACGCCCGUAUCACCUGCGUCCUGGUUUGGCUCUUCGCCCUCCUGCUGUCCGUCCCCACGGCCCUGACCAGAGACCUGAUGCACAUCACCAACUACAACAUCACCACGUGUGGCGUGCUGCACCCCGAGGGCUCCAGGCACCUCCUCCUCAUCAUCAGCCUGAUGAAGAGCAUCCUGGGGUUCCUGGUUCCCUUCCUCAUUAUCAUAUCAUGCUACUGCCUGAUUGGUCAAGCCCUGGUCAGGGCGAGGAGCAUCCAGAAGACCACCCGGUCGAGAGACGAUGAGGUGUUGAGGAUGCUGGCGGCGGCUGUCCUGGCCUUCUUCCUGUGUUGGAUGCCUCACCAGGUAUUCCACUUCAUGGAGCUCCUGGCCCAGCUAAAGGUUAUAACUAACUGUGUGAUGGUGGACGUCAUCGACACGGCCAUGCCCUUCACCAUCUGCAUCGCAUUUCUCAACAGCUGUGUCAACCCCAUCCUCUACGGCUUCGUGGGACAGAACUUCAGGAAGAACCUGGUCCUACUGCUCCGCUGCUCCCCCGCUGGCCUGGCUGGGACACAUCCCUCCAUCAUCUCUAAGAUGUCCACCCUGUCCUACCGCCCCUCUGAGGCCCUGCACCUCACCAACAAGAACAAUGUCUGAUGUGAGGAGGGAAGGAGUGUGUAGCUGUGUAAUUCCUUGGCUCUUCUGGUUGUGUCAAGUGAGGAGUAUGAAGGAAUACACAUUGUGGAUGCCUCCCAAAUGGCCCCCUAGUCCCUAUAUAGUGCUCUUUGGGCCCUGGUCAAAAGUAGUGCACUAUAUAGGGAAUAGGGUGCAAUUUGGUACACAUCCCCAACUGUUAUACCAAGCACUGAACCGUGGUUAGAAGUUGUACCGUAGAACUGUAGAGAAAUACAGGCAGAACAUGGCUAUUAAAUACUGAGGGAAUGUUCCUUUGUGUCUGAAUCAUAUGAGUUGAGUCCAUGAGACAGAUUCCUUCACUGCCUUGUACAACAUACAGCAGAUGUGCAUGGUUAGCUAACAGAUGUCAUUGUAAUGCAGCUUUAGAACAAAACAGCUGCGUUAUUUCUGUUUAAAUACUGAUGUGAAAUACUAUUACUGUACUUUGGUAUUCGUGUUUUUUUUGUUGUCACACAGGUACAUAGAUAUGUAAGCAGGAGGAUACAUACAGUAUUUAUACUGCACAUUCAGUAAAUGUUAGCUUUGAAUAUACUGUAGCUGAGAUUAAAGUGAUGAGUGAGAAAGUUACUGAUGCAGAAAUAUCAUACCUCUCACCAUUACAAUAACAGGGGAGGUUAGCAUUUUA